AUGAACCAAGAAACUUCAGAGCCUUCCGAAAACGACAAAGUAUUAAAAACACACAACGAUGAUGAUCAAAGAAGAAAACCCAUGUUUUUAUUUAGUGUGGAUUACAUAUUGAAUAAAGCCGGAGAGACGAAUACCGAAUACGAUACCAACCAGCAAAAUAAACAGCAUUUCGACUGGUUGUAUUGUACACGAUUCAAGCCUCCAAAACUCGACAGGAUAAAAAGAAAAGAUGGACAAAAUAGGCAGAAACGAAGGCCUGGACGUAAUCCAAGGAUACCAUUUACCACCCAACAAGUUACGGUAUUGGAACAUGAAUUCAGGCGGAGCGCAUAUUUAGGAGGAACUAAUGAUGUACACGUAUUGUCUGACAGAUUGCGACUAUCGGAAAGUAGAAUUAAAAUAUGGUUUCAAAACCGGCGAGCCAGAGAACGCAGAGAUCAUCAUAGCGGCAGUUUUCCUGGAUCAUCUUGCAACUCUACUAAUUAUUCUUCUCAACAACAACAACUUCCAAUAUCAUCUACGUCUGCGUUCAAACCAUUGAUGCCUUCACACACUUAUGUGGAAGGAACUGAUUCUUCGUCUUAA